AUGGCGGAUUCUUCGAGCAUCUACUACUGGAGGCAUGCCAUUGCGAAAAUUGUGGCUGAGUGUGCGAGAGAAACAGACAGUACCUCAGUGCAUGCUGUCUCACUCUACCACGUCACGAUUGUUUACAUUUUUUGNCCGCUAAUAAAACCAACCAGCCAACCAGGACGGCAACCUACGGACCAUGGACGGGUCCAACGUCUGGAUGACGACCGCCCUCCAUGUCCACUGAUAGCCUACCCUGAGGCGACACCAGGCCCUAGCCAUGCUAGGCCACAUGCAGAGACCAAACCCCCGAACCAGCCAUCACCCGCUGUAGGCGGUCCAACCAAGCGACCGACCCAGCAUUUUCCCGGACACCUUGAUAUAAGGCGCAAGCGACGUCCAGUGAGGAUGGUCGCUAUUUCUCCGCCGCCCACCAAGAGGACUCAGCAGCCACGUCCCCACGAGAGGCCAGGGACGUCGGCCAACCCCCAGCAGAGCCAAUCAGCCGCCAGCCGGACUACCGGAGCAGCCAGCGUUGGACAGCCCCCCCCCCAAACCAUACGCCAGGAGAUAUCUUCGUUGCAAACAUCCAUCGUCGAGGGGCCUUUGGCAACAUCUCCGCAGAAAAAGCGUGCUGGGAGUCCGAUUUUAGCGUCCAGCAGCACUUCGGUGGUACGCUCUAGCGACGAGGGACCUUCGGCAGUAUCUCCUCCGAAAAAGCGUGCUCCGACUCCGAUCUUGGCCUCCAGCAGCACAUCGAUGGGACGCCCCGUCGACGAUGAGGGUCCAACCUUUCUCUCAACGAUCACAUCAACUCCAAGACGAAAUGACGGGCUGGAUGAUGUUGAAUCGAUAUGGGCGAAAGCGGCCCUACAACACAUCCAGCUUGAAGAAUUCAAAAACGUCUGGUACGGCGAUUUUAAACAGUACGUGAGGCGAAAAGAAGCCGAGUUUAUUAACGAGGUGAGACUUAGAAGACAAACAGCUAUGCAAAAUUUAGAUAAAAUUAACGACUAUCGCAAAGUACUGGAUGAAAUCGCCGAGGAGAUGAUGGUAGAUAUUAACCAUAUGAAUGCCACCAUGGCAAAUAUGGAUGGUUUUGCGGAAGGGUUACCAGAGAAGAUUACCAGGCUCCUGGAUAUUCAUCUGUUGGAUAACAUAAAGUGCACAAAGUGCAAUAAUUACCUCUCCAUACCGCCGAUUGUUAAUGAUUCAAAUAAUAUAGUCUGUGGCAGAUGUGUCGAAGCCUACAAACUUCCUGAAGACAACAGGGCCUAUUUUUACGAAAAUCUCGCAAAAUUUAUGUUCUUGCCAUGUCGAAAUGAUGCUUACGGUUGUUCUGUUAAGAUACCGUGGGGAAAGGUACUGGAUCACGAAAUUCGUUGCAGCUAUGAGAGAAUCAUUUGUCCAGCUAUUGGCUGUGAAAGUAAAGUAAUAAAUGACGAUGUAAUGAAACAUUUCGAAACUUACCACCAUGAGCUCAUACUGGGGCAAAAUCAGUACCAUUUUUCAAAAUCUGAAGAUCAGAACACUUUCGAAAAUAAAUUAUUUUCGUGGAAAAAUAAGCUUUUCAUUAUACACACAAGAACUGAUAAUGGAAAUAUAUUUUUUCGUAUUGCCCGCAUGAAGGGACACACUAGAAAAUUAUUAUUACAAUUAAAGGGCAAAUCUACUUCAAGCUUACUUGUCCUGGAUCAUUUUACGGUAACGAAAUAUAAUUUAAAACUUCCUACUUUUUCGGAUGCAGAAAAAAUAGAUAUUAACACAUUAGAAAUUGUUUUGGGGGCUGAGAUUACAUGCACCUUUACGUUCGACGAUGAUGCUAAGUCAGUAAGAAACACAGAUGAUAAUAAAUUGUAUUCAGAAAUGGAAUGUCCAAUAUGUACUGCUUACAUGAGACCCCCAAUUCACAUGUGCAAUACAGGACAUAGUUUAUGUAGACAAUGUAGGGAAAAGCUGCAGAGAUGUCCUUCUUGUUCCAGCGAAUUCAGUGGCAGUAGGAAUUAUUCUCUAGAAAAAAUUGGUCAAAUUAUAAAGUGCCCCUGUAGAAGUAAAGAUCUAGGAUGCGACUUUGUAGGAAAUAUCAAUACUAUUGCACACCAUGAAUUAAUGUGUUCUCUGACACUUUCCGAAAGUAAAAUAAGUUGCAUUGCAAAUCGUGGGACUAGUUGCAGCUGGAUAGGAAACUUUGCGACAGCAUUUCAGCAUAUUUCUUCAACACAUCCUAACUUAUGUAGUAAACCAGGAAGUUCUAUGACUAUAGAUAUCUCUACUACCAAUAAUGACACUAAACGAUUUCUACUAUAUGAUAGAAGAGUGUUUGCCUUGGAUGUAAAAUUUGAUGCAGAUUCUGAUUCAUACGGUAGCGAUGAAGAAAGUGGGAACGUUAGCUGGGCCAUCACAUGCAUUAGUACAGAAAAAGUACCAGAUCACUAUACAUUUUUCUUAGAAAUUAUAAGAGGCAACAGAAUUCUAAGCAUCAAUGGAAACUGUGAUACAGCCGAUCCCAAAACUUCGAUCCCUCCACGUUAUAUCAAUAUAUCUAAGUCCCUCCUUGAUGACUUCAUACUGCAAAAUACGAUAACGUUUAAAAUAAACAUAUCUAAUACAGGCAGAACUCCUCCUUUGCGGACUCACUAGUCGCGGAGCAAAAAAUUGUGACCAUUUCUCGUAUUCACGGUUGAAAAAUUCUAUUUUCGUGGAUUCAAAACUAACCAUACAUAUUGUAUUUUUGGAAUAAUGUAUAUUUAUUUGAGAAAAUAAACGAGUAGGUAUCAAAAUUUUAGUGUCAUGAAGCCGAAAGUCCUUUGACAAAAGUCGCCGCUGGCGCCGCUAAUUUACACGUGCCACUAUGGCCUUUGAUAAAUGUGACAUUAAAAUUAAAAAACCUGAGUGAAAGUUAUCGGAUGGCAAAUGAGCUUUGUGA